CUCUGAAUGUUGCACUCGGUUUCUCUGGAGAUGUCCAAGCAAGCUAGCAGCGAGCGAUCACGUUGCCCAUCUCGCUAUAUUCCCAAAAGCUUCCGAGGCCGAAGACCCCUGGGCUGCAAUUCAUGCAGACUCGCUCUCACUCUCGGAGCAACAGCUGCUGACUGCUGUUUCCAACGCUGCGUAGCAGCAGCGGCCCGUGAAGUUUGCUUGCGCUGUACAUUUGCACCAUGCAAGGGUCGAGGCCACAAUGUGGCGUGUAUAUUGGCCGGCCGCAGAUCAUCGGUUCCGAUUCAAACGCAACACGGGCUUUCGGCGCGUCGCCCAUGUUUCCGGAAAUCUCGUCCUAUCACAUUCUCGACGCAUGCAAUCCCACUCGUGGCUGAUACUGUUCUCUCGUGUUUGCAAUACAAUCCUGAUAAUUGUCGGGCAAUGCGCCCGUGGGCCGACUUCUUGCGCUGGAACCGUGGUAGGAUUUUGCACAGCGCUGGGCAAGGACAGAUCAGUUGAUUGGCAAGUCGAAGAAAGUCUCCACGAGCCCUGAUGUGUGUAUUCGAUAGGCGCGACCGGAUCGUGGGUACAAAUCGGACCUGUCCCAAUCAGGCCACUUGCUCGCUUAAUCUGUCACCUGCAACGCCUAUCGACUUCCGUCAAAACCGCGGUACCCCAGUCCACACGACAGUAUAAGAUGGCUGCUGAGGCUGCAAAUCCAUCGACCACGACUAAACUCCUCGACCGUCUGCCAUGCCCCAGCCCCGACUACGCAUCGCCAUCUGGCCGACCCAGCGGUGGAGGAAUCGGCGGACUCACUCUCGCCCUCGCGCUGUCCCGAUAUCCAGACAUCGAAGUGCAGAUCUACGAGGCAGCCAAGUCUCUGUCAGAAGUUGGCGCCGGUGUCGGCAUUUUCCCGCGGCCAUGGAAGAUCGUGCAGUUGCUCGGUCUGGACCACGAUCUGGCUAUGACAUGCGAGACGAAACCGGUAGAAGGACCCGUGGCCGGUUUCAACUACAGGAAGUCGGAUCAGGGUGCAGGGUUCGCAUUCUCGACGCUCGUCACGAAUGGAUCGUUGUUGACGUUCCACCGCGCGGACUUUCAGAACGUGCUGCUCAGCCACCUACCGUCGUCAACGCGAAUUCACAUGUCCAAGCGCCUGCACACCUUCGUCCAAAGACCAUCUGGGCCGACGGAGCUCGUCUUUGAGGACGGAACACGAAGCUUCUGCGACGUACUGGUCGGCGCGGACGGCCUGAAAUCCAACACCCGGCGCGCGUUUCUCUCCGAGCGCAUCCGGUGGAUGCAGGACCAGGGCAGGUGGCAGGAGGCUAGAGAAAUCGAGACCUGCAUCGAGCCGGUGUGGAGCGGCUGCACGGCCUACCGCGCGCUCUUCCCUGCGGAACGUCUCCGAGCCCUGGCGCCUUCCCAUCAGGUGCUCACGAAAGGCACUCAGUACCUGGGCAAAGGCGCGUUUGUCCUCGGUUACCCAAUCCAGAACGGCAAGAUCAUCAACUUUGUCGCCUUCGACUUCCGGCACGAACUCGAGGGAACGCCUUACGGCGGGCCUUGGAUGAGCCUCGGGGACAAGUCCCAAUUUGCCCACCUGUUUGAAAACUGGGAGCCGGAUGUCCAGCUCCUGAUACAGUGCGUCGACCAGGCGGCGACUUGGGCGAUCCAUACCGUCAAGCCCCUCCGCUCGUUCGUUUCCGGAAACGUGGCGCUUCUCGGCGAUGCGGCUCAUGCUAUGCAGCCGCACCAAGGCUCCGGGGCAGGUCAGGCCAUGGAGGACGCAUAUAUCCUAGCAACAAUUCUCGGCGACGCAUCCACGACGCGCGAGACCCUCGGACGUUCACUGCGCAUCUACGACGAGAUCCGCCGCCCCGCCGCGCAGCACAUCGCCAGCGCGUCGCGCUUAAACGGGCGCUACUUUAGUUUCGAGGAGGACCCGAUGGACGGGCUGGAGGGUCAGCAACUGUGGGACCGGCUGCAGCAUCUCUACCAGCGCGUAGUGAAGAACUGGGAGUGGGCGUGGACGACAACCAUUGACGACCAGGUGAAAGAAGCUCUGCGGCAACUCAAACGCGCCUCUCGAUGAUAAUUUUAAGCUUAUACACGCCCUUGACCCCGGUUGCCAUAUAUCCCUACAUAAUCUACAGCACGCUCACACUUAGAUCUAUUCGCUCAUGUGUACAACAGCCAUCAAUUCAUCAUCUUUCGACCCGA